AUUACUAAAAUCAAAUUGGGUGUUUAUUUCACAUUUCAUAUCCAUAAUUUUUCCAUAAAUUCAAAUCCAAUUUUCGCAAUUUCAUACCAGUCAAUAUAUUCCCAUUUCCCACGAGAUUUACGGUUCUUCCUAAUCACGCGUUUAGAUUCCCUUUUCUGUCCUCCUCACCAACCCAAAAAAAUCAAUCAAUCCCGCAGAAAAUUCUCACCAUAUUUUUUUUCAGUCAAACAUAUUGGCUCUAAAAUUUCUACUCUCUUUCCCUUUCGGCUCUCUGCAUUUGUUUCCUUUAAUUGAUAACGUUGUUUGGUUGCUGAGAAAUUUACUGGGUUCUCAAGAAUCAUCUCUGCAAAUAGGUGCAAUUGGAAAGCUCUUGUGGGUUUUUUGAAUUGGGGCAAACGAUGGGUGGGAUGUGCUCGGGCGGGGUGUCUGCUAAGGAAAAUCCCUAUAUUUACGGAGGGAAAAGUUCGGGAUUUUCCGGGAAACUCAAAUCGAUGAAGAGCAUCGGCAAGAGCAAGGAGAAUUCUAAUUCCUCGUUUUCAGAAGGAACUGCUCCUUGGAAAACACCAAAUAGGUUCGAUUCCGGCGAGCUGCGGUCUUCAAUUUCCCGCGAAUUGAAGCCCUCAACUCCGGCUAGGACUGCUACUAGCAAGGUCACCCCGAAGAACUCCUUCAUAGGAAGGGCUGGCAUUGUUGGCCUGGAGAGGGCAGUAGAGGUUUUGGAUACGCUCGGCAGUGGCAUGUCAAAUUUGAAUGUCAAUAGCGGAUUUCUUACUGGCGGUGCGUCUAAAGGCAGUAGGAUCUCUAUAUUGUCGUUUGAAGUAGCUAAUACAAUCACAAAAGGUGCAAACUUGUUGCAAUCUCUAUCGGACAAAAACAUCCAGUUCCUAAAGAAAGAUGUUCUACCUUCGGAAGCUGUACAAAACUUAGUUUCUAAAGAUAUGAAGGAGUUGCUACGCAUUGCUGCUUCUGACAAAAGGGAAGAGCUUGAAGUUUUCUCACGUGAAGUAAUAAGGUUUGGAAACUUGUGUAAAGACCCACAGUGGCAUAGCCUGGGUCGAUACUUCUCAAGACUAGAUUCAGAUGAUGAUUUAGGUUACAAACAGCUAAGAACAGAGGCGGAAAUGACAAUGCAGGAAUUGACCUCUCUUGCUCAGCAUACUUCUGAAUUAUAUCAUGAAUUAAAUUCACUGGACAGAUUUGAACAAGAUUACCAGAGAAAGCUAGAGGAAGCAAAAGCCUUGAAUCUCCCUCAAAAAGGAGAGACUCUGAUGAUGUUGCUAAGUGAUGUAAAGCAACAAAGAAAGCUUGUAAGUAGCUUGAAAAAGAAAUCUCUGUGGGCUAAAAUUUUGGAUGAGAUUGUCGAGAAACUUGUUGAUAUUGUUACUUAUAUACAUCAAGCAAUCUUGGAAGCAUUUGGACAUAAUGGUGUUAUUUUGGUUAGAGCGGAGAAGAGCACAGAUCCUCAAAGACUAGGAGUAGCUGGUCUUGCACUACACUACGCUAACAUGAUCAACCAAAUUGAUAACAUUGUGUCCCGACCAACCUCCCUCCCUCCAAACACAAGGGACACAUUAUAUCAAGGGUUGCCAAAUAGUGUUAAACAAGCUUUACGAUCCCGGUUGCUGACUCUUGAUGCCAAGGAAGAGCUCUGUGUUCCUCAGGUCAAGGAAGAAAUGGAAAAGACUCUCCAGUGGCUUGUUCCAGUUUCCACAAAUACAAACAAAGCACAUCAAGGUUUCGGGUGGGUUGGAGAAUGGGCAAAUUCUGGUCCUGAGUUUGGUAAGAAUGAAUCCUCACAAAUUAACCUGAUCCGCCUCCAGACGCUAUAUCACGCAGAUAAGCAGAAGACUGAUCUCUACAUCCUUGAAUUAGUGACAUGGCUUCACCAUCUUAUCAACCUUGUAAGACAAGGAGAUCAUGGUUUGAAGCCCUUGCAUACACGGUCUCCAACUCGCAAAGGGUUGGAUAUUCACUCCAAGAUGCAGCAGUUUUUAACCAAGACAUACUGCACCAAGUCCCAAAGAAUUCAACUUUCGGAAGAAGACCAGAACUUAUUAGACGAGGUCAUGGGGAGGAUGAGAAGGGUUCCUGGAAUUAGUAAAAGUCAAGAAUUUUCGAUUACCAAAAGGAAAAGAAGAGGAGUUUGGGCUUUGAGCAAGAGCACAGGGAGUUCCCCUACGAGGGAGAUGGGUUCAAGAGGUAAAAACUUGGAUCAGGAUCAGCCAAAGAUUAAUACCUUGAAUGUCAUGGACGGCUUAGAUUCAAUAUAGUGAGUCAUUACUUUCGAGUUUUCAAUCAAAUUCUUUUACAAAUAUUAUAUUUCUGUGUAUAGUUUUGAGAAGAAUAGGCCUAUUGUAUAUGCAAUUUUUUUCACCCCUAAACAGAGGGUGAUGCUUAAACUCAAUGAUUGUUGUUAGAUUAGUUUAAAUCUCGAGAUUCGUGUUUUGAAUCAGUUAUAUCAAACUAAUCUUACGACAACCAAUAUGUAUACCAUGGUCCCGUUAUUAUUAUUGUUUUUAUCAA